AUGGCGGUAUACAACACCGUCGAGGAGGAGAAGCGCGUCGGCGUCGAGGAGAAUGUCCUCCCGGCGGCCGACAACUCCGACAAGAUCGGCGACGUUACCGAGUCGUCUUCGGACAACGACCUGCCCUCCUACUUGCGCUCGUCCAACGCCGUUUCACGCUUCUUCGCCACGCUCCGGUCCUACGAGAACGCCCUCGACCGCAAGAUCGGCGUCGAGAGUGCUGGCAUCACCCGCCGCCGGCCGGAGGACCGCGACCCCAACUAUGCCCGCUGGUCCAACCAGGCCGUCAUGUAUCUGCUCUGGAUGAGCACCACCAUGAACAUUAGCUGCUUCACGACAGGCUUUCUGGGCUGGGAGUUUGGCCUUGACCUGAGCCGCACCGUCGCCAUCAUUGUCUUUGCCACCCUACUCGGCAGCGCCGUUACCGGCUGGUGCGCCACCAUGGGCCCCGGCAUGGGCCUGCGCCAGGUCUCCAUCUCGCGCUACUCCAUGGGCUGGUGGCCGUCCAAGGUCAUUGCCGCGCUCAACGUCGUUGAGCAGGUCGGCUGGUCGUCUGUGGGCAGCAUCACCGGCGGCCUGGCGCUGUCGGCCGUGUCGGACGGCAAGAUUGGCUCGCAGCUGGGCGUCGUCAUUGCUGCCGUCAUUGGCUUCGUGAUUUCGUUUGUCGGCCUGCGCGCCGUCUUCACCUACGAGAAGUUUGCUGGCCUCGUCUUGUUUGUGGUGUUCAUCAUCAUGUAUGGCGAGACCGCGCACUAUGGCGAUACCAGCAUCAAGACGGAGCUCACGGGCGCCACUCUGUCCGGCACGGCCCUGACGCUGUUUGCUGUUGUCUACGGCUCGUCUGCGUCGUGGUGCUCCAUUGUGGCCGACUAUUACGUCGAGUAUCCCGUCAACACCUCCAAGCUCAAGGUCUUCCUCCUCACUACCGCUGGCAUUUGCCUGCCUACGUGCUUUGGCAUGUGCUUGGGUGCUGCGGUGGCCUCGUCGCUCGACAGCAAGCCCGACUGGUCGGACGCCUACGACGAGGGCAUCGGCUUCCUCAUCCAGAUCAUGCUCCACCCCAAGGGCUUCGCCAAGUUCCUGCUCGUCAUCCUCGCGCUCUCUGGCAUUGCGAUGAAUGCCGUCGCCCUCUACAGUGCCGGUCUGUCCGUGCAGCAGUUUGCCCGCCCGCUGGCCGCAGUGCCCCGCUUCAUAUGGACCGCCCUCAUGUUCGUCGCCGUCAUCCUGCUCGCGCUCGUCGGCCGCGACCACCUGCUGUCGUUCCUCGAGAAUUUCCUGUCGCUGCUGGGCUACUGGAACACGUCGUUUUUCAUCAUUAUCUUCCUCGAGCACUAUCUGUUCCGCAAAGGCUUCUCCGAGGGCUACGACAACUACGACCUCGAGUCGUGGAACAACCCGAAGCGCAUGCCCUUUGGCUGGGCCGGCGGCCUCGCGUUCGCGGCCGGUAUUGCCGGUUGCGUUCUGGGCAUGAGCGAGACGUGGUACGUGGGCGUGCUGGCACGCAAGAUUGGCGACACGGGCGGCGACAUUGGCAACCAGCUGUCCUUUUUAUUCACCUUUGUCGUCUACAUCCCCGCCCGCUGGGCCGAGUACAAGUACACCGGUCUGUAA